GACGUGACUCCACGUGUGGGCUAAGAAGAGUCAGUGGAAGCUACGGCACCUGAAGACUUCUGGAGAACACAGCUUUAGAGAGGAACGAGGGCAGCCGGCAAUAUGUCGCACCUACCGAUGAAGUUAUUGCGCAAGAAGAUCGAGAAGCGCAAUGAGAAGCUACGUCAGAGGAACCAGCGGCUGAAGCUGAAAGAGGCCUUAAAAGCCAAUAUACCAGAAGUCCAAGAUGAACAUGUGUCACAAGAAGCAGAAGAAGAAAUAAAAGUAGAAAAAUCUCCCAAAAAAUCUACAGUAUUAGUAGCCAGUGAAGAAUCAGCUGCACAGCUCCCUAAUUCUGAAUUGAAAAAGAAGAAGAAGAAGAAGAAGAGGAAAAUAACAACUGAUGCGGAGCCUGAAAACAAAAAAGCAAAAACCGAAGAUCACCAAAAAGGAUCUGAUGAUGAAGUUGCAAAAGAUCCCAAAGUAAAAGAAAACACUGUAGAAGAUCAGGAAGAAGAUAUUGAAAUGCCUAGUCUUCCUCAUGGCCUAACAGGAUCCUUUGAGGAUACUUCAUUCACUUCACUUGCUAAUAUAGUCAAUGAAAACACUCUGAAGGCAAUAGCAGAAAUGGGCUUUACUAACAUGACUGAGAUUCAACAUAAAAGUAUCAGACCACUUCUAGAAGGCAGGGAUAUCCUAGCAGCUGCAAAAACGGGCAGUGGCAAAACCCUAGCAUUCCUCAUCCCUUCAAUAGAGCUCAUUGUUAAGUUAAAGUUCAUGCCUAGGAAUGGAACAGGAGUCCUUAUCCUCUCACCUACUCGAGAGCUGGCUAUGCAGACCUUUGGUGUGCUUAAGGAACUGAUGACUCACCAUGUGCAUACCUAUGGUUUGAUCAUGGGAGGUAGUAACAGGUCUGCAGAGGCGCAAAAACUUGCAAAUGGGAUCAACAUUAUUGUGGCAACACCUGGCCGACUUCUGGACCAUAUGCAGAAUACCCCAGGAUUUAUGUUUAAAAACCUGCAAUGUCUUGUUAUUGAUGAGGCUGACCGAAUUCUUGAGGUUGGGUUUGAGGAAGAAAUGAAGCAGAUCAUCAAACUUUUGCCAAAACGCAGACAAACAAUGCUCUUUUCUGCCACACAAACUCGUAAGGUAGAAGAUCUGGCAAAGAUUUCCCUUAAAAAGGAACCAUUAUAUGUUGGUGUUGAUGAUGAUAAAGAUACUGCAACAGUAGAUGGUCUCGAACAGGGAUAUGUUGUUUGUCCAUCUGAGAAAAGAUUCCUUCUACUCUUUACAUUCCUCAAGAAGAACCGGAAGAAGAAACUGAUGGUAUUUUUUUCUUCAUGUAUGUCAGUGAAAUACCACUAUGAGCUUCUAAACUACAUUGAUUUACCUGUCAUGGCCAUUCAUGGCAAGCAGAAGCAAAAUAAGCGGACAACUACAUUCUUUCAGUUCUGCAAUGCAGAUUCUGGAAUUUUGCUGUGUACAGAUGUGGCUGCCAGAGGGCUAGAUAUUCCUGAAGUAGAUUGGAUUGUCCAGUAUGACCCUCCAGAUGAUCCAAAGGAAUAUAUUCAUCGUGUAGGUAGAACAGCCAGAGGCAUAAACGGAAGAGGUCAUGCUUUACUUAUUUUACGGCCAGAAGAGUUGGGUUUUCUUCGUUACCUGAAGCAAGCCAAGGUACCAUUAAGUGAAUUUGAAUUUUCCUGGUCAAAAAUUUCUGACAUUCAGGCUCAGCUGGAAAAACUGAUUGAGAAGAACUACUUCCUUCAUAAAUCAGCACAGGAGGCAUAUAAAUCCUAUGUUCGAGCAUAUGAUUCCCAUUCUCUGAAGCAAAUCUAUAAUGUUAACAGCUUAAAUUUACCUCUAGUUGCUUUAUCAUUUGGUUUCAAAGUGCCUCCAUUUGUUGACCUGAAUCUGAACAGCAGCCAAGGGAAGAGACUGCAAAAAAGAGGUGGUGGUGGUGGUUUUGGCUACCAGAAGCCCAAGAAUGUCCACAAGUCUAAAAUUUUUAAGCACAUUAGCAAAAAGAAAUCUGAUGGCAGGCAAUUCUCUCACUAAAGCAGUAACUUCUAAUCUUAAAUAACUUUGUCCUCACAUAAAGACUUGUCUUCACUAUAUUAACCGUGGAAUAUUACAAUCUUCAGGAUUUGGAUUGUGAUCUGAUUUACAACACUCAAGUGCAGUGGCUUGAGCAAAAUUUUAACAGUAAGAUGAAGCUAAGUCUGCCUUGGCUUCUAAAAGGCAAAGGAGAUUUCUUUUUCAAUGGAUGUAACAUAUGGAAUCUUAACUGUAAAAUCUAUUUUUUUCAAAGAAUUCCUAUUUUCAAAUUAUGAACAAUUCUGUGUCUUUUGAGAGCAUUUGUCUUGAUUUUAUAUUCAGUCAUUCCUUACCACUGUCUUUGGAGAACUCUGUGACUGAGAUUGCAAUGUUAAUGUCCUCAUAAUGUAGUCAGGGACAUCAGGGCUCCUUAGCUAGCUGUAUCAAUAUUGGCCUGUUAUUCUGCUUGUUUCUUGAAUAAUAUAAAUGGUUUUUUGAUCCAUUUUUUAAAUUGUCUGCGGAAUCAAAGGACUGAUUUUGGAUUUGUAGUGAGAGGACCAAGAUUCAAAUCCAGGCUACUUUUCUGUAACCUGUGUCUUAUCUCAGUUUCCUUAUCUGUAAAAUGAAGGGCUUGUACUAGAUAGCCUCCCUUUUAGCUCAAAACUCUGAUCUUAUAUAAAAUUAUUAACAAACUCCCAAAUAUUAAGACUGUUUGUACUUAUUACCAUAGUAAUAGAUUAAAUGCAGAAGUUUCAGUUUUUUCACUUUUGACUUGAUUCCUUAGAAGCAUCUAUAAUGUAUCUGUUUCUUGCUAUUGCUAUCUAAAUCUGGUAUUGUGUGAAAAUAAAAUAUGG